AUGUCGCUACCGCAGCCCAAGUCCCUCGCCAACUCGUAUCGCCCGGCGAGGUCGUCGAUGUUGAGAUUUUCUGUGAAGCUGGAAGAUAUGUUGGGCUCGAGUCCGUCGGCCAAGAAGAUCGAGUCAAAGCUGGAGCGUGGAAGAGCGCAGCCGAGCCUCGGGCGCAGAGGCUUUGCCAGGGUGGCACGAGAGAUCGCGACGGCCUCGGGUAUUCUGGGGGCAAGUAACACGAAUCCUGUGCCGCCACCCACACCACACGAGCGUUCUCAACCCCCCAAUAUCCCUUCUUCACCUCCUUCCGCCUCGAACGCAGGGCCUGCGCCUGCCACCGCGACACCACCCUCUGCCCCUCCGAGAAAGUCGCCGAAGCCUAACCACCUACUUGAACUGAGAGAGAUCAUCAAAGCCCACGCCGCACUGAUGCCACCGUCGUCUCGCCCUGAGAGCUCCGAGGGUACUGACACUCCGAUGCCUUCUGUCUUCCGCUCAGCGCUGACAUGGUGGCAGGAUCAUGCUCUCGCCAAAGAAAAGCGCGAGAAGGCUCUGCUUCUGAAAGCUCGUGAAGCCGAUGUUCCGCUCGAGCGCACAGCGUACCCCACCCUCUACAAACCUCCCUCCCUUCGUAAACGCCUUCUCGAGGUCACGGCGAUGCACAAAAUCACCGUCCAUCAUUUAGCAAUGUCGAACGUGAGACGUGCGCAUGAAGAUGCGAAGCGGCAGAAGGAGCUGCGUGAGAGCAAGAAAGAGGUCGCCACUUGCGGCGCGAAGCCGCAGUCUCGCCAAAAACCGUCUGAGUCGCCUAAGAAGAGUCUGUCUCCGAAAAAGCAACAGCCUCUGCGCAACGCUAUUUCCGAUUUAUCUAAGGAGCAAAAGGAGCCGCAGAUGCUAGCGGAGUAUAACUUCGUCAACAGUGGCAUGCGUGGAAAGGGUCCUUAUUGCGAGAUGCUCGUUUUCCCUCCAAUGACCGAUUCGUGCUGUUUUCGAUCCGGCGUGCAUCAAAUUGUGCACGUGCUGUUGCCUUUGUUGUCCACCUCCACCUGCGUGCCACCUUGGAGACCGUCGACCGCGAGUUCCGAUUUUUCCUCUUUCGAUCCAACACUCGCCAUGUCGCCGCCGCCACCGAAGACCCGAGCUGAUCCCUACCGACCCAUCAAGUCGUCAACGUUGAAGACUUCGUUGAAGCUGGAUGACAUUCUCGGUACCAAACCGAUGGUGAAGACUAUAGCAGAACGUCUAUCGAGAGCCAGACAUCGUUGGGGAAGGCACUCUGCUCGCGCGCCCUUUGCGGCGGCAGCGCGCAUGCUUGAGGAUAGAAUGAUACUGGUCCCCAAGGAGCAGAGAAGCACUCCUGUCAGCUCCGCUCUGCCACAGCAAGAAUCCCCGAGUGGAAAAGGCGCUGCGCCAUCUCAGCCACCGGCCCCCUCACAGUCUUCCGAUGCGGCGAAAUCGCUGAAGACUGGUCGACGGAUCUGCAACAACAUGCUGAAGCGCUUGCGGGAACUCAAGGAGGAGGUAGCACCAGGCUCGGAUUCCGAGUCAUCUCAUCCCACCUUCGAGUGCCCCGAGCCAAUUUCCGACAUGGCACCGGAUAGCGCGGCUAUGAGGCUUGUGACAGCGCGUCGCGACUUUACCGCUGAAUACCCGCCGAGAUAUGCGGACUAUCUUCAUAACAAGAUAUGCAGACUCGAGGAGAAGAAGAAAGAACAAGCGGCCCAACCGGCUGAGAUCAACACCGACGAAGCGGGUACAAACAAGCGCGAUUUCUGCAGACCUCCGCAUCUCCACUACUCCUUGCUGGAGGUCAUGACCAUGCGCCGGAUCGCGCUCAUGCACGUGGAAAUCAGAUCGCGGUACGACGUUAAACAGAAGAAAAAACAGGCGGAGAAAGUGGCAACGCUGCGAAAGUCGAAAAAGAAGGUCGCAGGCGAAUCUAAGCAGAAGUCGAACAAGAAGAAAUCCGCGUCCAAACCUGCACCUACGCCUGUACCUCAGCGCCAGCCUCCUCCGAGUGCUACGCAUCCUCAAGCCACACGUGAAGCGGUCGCACGGAUAUCUGGAGAUCGAAUGCAGCCGCAGAUGCUGAGGAUUUACGAGAUGUUUUACAAGCGCGGUGUUCUGGACAAGCUUACGAAGGACUGAUUCUCU